AUGUGUGGUAUUUUGGGUAUCGUACGUGCCGAUGAGCAUGCCAAUGUUGCAAAUGAGUUGUUUGAAGGUGCUAUGUUUUUACAACAUAGAGGUCAAGAUGCAGCUGGUAUAGUUACAUGCGGAUCUAGAGGUAGAUUCUAUCAGUGCAAAGGGAACGGUAUGGCCAGAGAUGUUUUCACACAACAAAGAAUGAAUAACUUGGUUGGAAAUAUGGGUAUUACACAUUUACGUUACCCAACUGCGGGUUCUAGUGCCGGUAGCGAAGCUCAACCAUUCUAUGUGAACUCGCCUUAUGGUAUCUGUAUUAGUCAUAAUGGUAAUUUGGUGAACUCGAUCGAAUUGAGAAACUAUCUUGACGAAAAAGUACACCGUCAUAUUAACACUGAUUCUGAUUCCGAAUUGCUUCUCAACAUCUUUGCGGCAGAAUUAGAGAAAUUUAACAAGUCAAGAGUGAACAACCAAGAUUUAUUUUUAGCGUUGAAGGGAACUAUGGAAUUCAUCAGAGGAGCAUAUGCGUGUGUAGCUAUGUUAGCUGGUUAUGGUAUCAUUGGAUUCCGUGAUCCUAACGGUAUCAGACCGUUAUUGUUUGGUGAAAGAGUCAAAGCUGAUGGAUCGAUUGAUUACAUGUUAGCAUCUGAAUCCGUUGUAUUGAAGGCACAUGGCUUCAAUAAGUUAAGAGAUAUCAAGCCUGGUGAAGCCGUUAUUAUUCCAAAGGGAAAUAACGGUAACAACAAGCCUGAGUUCCGUCAAGUUGUCGAGCCAAAGGAAUUUGCCCCAGAUAUUUUCGAAUACGUUUAUUUUGCCAGACCAGACUCUGUUUUGGAUGGGGUUUCUGUCUAUAGAACAAGAAUCGAUAUGGGUAACAAAUUAGCUCAAAACAUCAUAAGAUCAUUCCCAGGACAGGAUAUUCUUAAGGAGAUCGAUGUUGUGAUUCCCGUACCAGACACUUCUCGUACUUCAGCAUUGCAAUGUGCUGUCUCUUUAAAUCUUCCUUACAGAGAAGGGUUCGUCAAGAACAGAUAUGUUGGUCGUACGUUUAUUAUGCCUGACCAAAAAGAAAGAACAUCGUCGGUGAGAAGAAAGUUGAACGCGAUGGAGUCUGAAUUCAAAGGACGUAGCGUUUUGCUUGUUGAUGACUCGAUCGUCAGAGGUACUACUUCAAAGGAAAUCGUGGCGAUGGCCAGAGAAGCCGGUGCUAAAAGGGUGUUCUUUGCCUCGUGUGCUCCUCCAAUCAGAUUCAACCACAUAUACGGGAUUGAUUUGGCGGAUACCAAGGCGUUGAUUGGGUUCAAUAGAAAUGAGCAGGAAAUCGCUGAGGCUAUUGGUGCCGACAGAGUUUUCUACCAAGACUUGCAGGAUUUGAUCGACUGUUGUAAGCAAACAGGAAUUGAAAACUUUGAGGUUGGUGUUUUCACCGGAUCGUAUGUUACUGGAGUCGAAGACAACUACUUACAAGAGUUGGAAAAGAUUAGAGCCCAAAACCAGAGAUUGAGACAACACGAUGCCAAUGGGAUCGUUGAUAUGUGCGAUGUUGACGUCAAGGCGGAUGUCGACAUCAGUAUUUAUAAUGGAGGUGAUUAUCAGUAA